AUGGACCAAACCAAAGAUACAGAGGCGAAGGAUAAAAUUCUUGAUGCUCAGAUAUUUGAAGUUGAAGAUCUUGACAGUGACAUUUUGAACACCAUGGAUUCCCAUGAGGUUACCGUAGCCAUGAUGCCACCCUCUAAAGACAUGGUAUUUAAGUACAUAGAGAAGGGCACCAAGCCAAAGAAGUUCAAAACAACUACCCGACUGGAUAAUGAUGAAGGAACCAGAAAGUGGGUUGCCAAGAUUGCCUCAUACAAGCCCAAGGACAAAGAUAAGGAAGUCGGUGCAGAGGAUUUUGAGAUCACCAAGGUGGAGCUCGGGAACAUGAGCAGGGAUUCAGAUAAUCAUUUCUUCCAGGUAUCGGCUAAGAAAAUGCUUGCCAGGUCAGAAAAAGAUGGGCGGGAGAAGAGAAAGCUAAAGCGGCAUAUAAACAUUCUUACUCAAUUCAUUACGGAAUUUGAUGGAAGUUGUGCCAACUCUGGCUCUGAAGCAGGGGUAGUUUUGUUGUCCCCUAAUGGUAACAUUUUCCCUUUUUCUUUCAAGUUGGAUUUCAAGAAUACUAAUUUAACUGCAAAGUAUGAGGCAUUACUGCUAGGAUUAAAUGAAGCCAAGUGUAAGGGUAUUAAACUGCUCAAGGUUAAAGGGGAUGCAGAGAUGAUUGUCAGACAUGUAAGAAAUGUCUAUUCAGUUAAGAAUGAUAGAUUGAAACAUUAUAGAAACAAGGUUUGGGAUGAGAUAUAG